AAAGUACACACAUUGAUGCAAGAGCGGUGAAAUUAAAUACUAAAGAUCCAUCUUUCAAGCAAAAUGUUUGAAAUUCCAGAUGAUGACGAUAACUUUUGGGAGGACCUACCACUUGAUGAUAUUACAGACAGAAGAACUCCUGUAAAGGAUGGUAGUGCUAGUGGCUGCAUGAAAAGAUUAUCAUCCGAGUCUGAUCAUCAAUCAUCUAACAAAAGGUUAAGACCAGGCCUUAUACGAUCACCAGAUGAUCAGGACUUUCAAAGAGGGGCCUACAGGCAUGCAAGAAAGAAUCUCCAAGAGAAACAGACAGAAAAGCAGCAGCAUACUAGCUGUCAACAGGAAAUUAGACAAGAUUCCAGGACAAGUGAAACAGACCAUACACAGUCUAGAGUACCAGCAGUAUCUCAACACAUUGUAGUGCAAGAGAAUAGAGAACCAGCAGGUCAUAUUACAAGACAGAGUAAAACAAGGCAGCAUGAAGACAGUCAUUUAAAGACUCCAGUUAGAACAAAAAGGAAAUUCCCAGGUCCUGCUGGACUCUUGCCAAGGAUUAGUCCAGGAAGUAUAAAAGACAAUCAACAGUUGCAAAAGCAGACAAUUUCAACAAGUCCAGAGAUCUUACAUCAACAGGAUGAAUCAGUAAUCUUGAGUUCACAGUCAGGGGAAGAGGUAUUUAACGAGAUUGCUUGGCAGACAUUACUUACUGAUCUGGGAGAGGAUGGUAGAAAGCAAAUGGUCAAAUUCUCUAUAGCGACAAGUUUUCAAAAAGCCAGAAAGAAACUGCUACCAAAAGGCAAGGUACCCUUAGUGAUAGCUGUUAUAGAGAGUGUUGACUGGCAGGGAUCUGAUGCUAGUAUUUGUUUAAAAGACAAAUCUGGACGGAUUCAUGGCACAGUUCAUCAGAGUUUGAUGAAAGAACAUCAGUGUGACCUUCAACCUGGAACUGUUGUUGUACUCAGACAGGUUAGCAUGAUAAGUCCGACAACCAGAAAUCACUAUCUGAAUGUCACUCCAGCCAAUGUUGUUGUUAUUUAUAGUAACACGUCAAAUGGAUUGAAAACCUCAAGAAAUAUAGAGAAAAAUAAAUCCUUAAACUCAGUACUCCAACAAGUGGAACCCUAUAUCAGUGAAGAUGGUAAUGUCCGAAGGAGAUCUGGAAUAAACCAGACUAAAACUCCAACAUCUUCCUGUGUUCAAGGAAGUAUGUCUACACCUGGUUCUAUUUCAAACAAGUUUAGACAAGGAAAUAUGUCUACACCUGGUUCCUUCCCAAACAAUUGUGGACAGGGAAAUAUAUCUACACCUAACUCUAUCUCGAACAAAUUUGGACAAGGUAAUAUAUCUACACCUGGUUCAAUCUCAAACAAAUAUGGACAAGGUAAUAUAUCUACACCUGGUUCAAUCUCAAACAAAUAUGGACAAGGAAAUAUAUCUACACCUGGUUCAAUCUCAAACAAAUAUGGACAAAGAAGUAUGACAACACCAGCUUCCUUUUCAAACAAAUGUGGACAAGGAAAUGCAUCUACACCGGGUUCAAACGAUUCUAGAAAUAUCAUAAACAGCAAUAACUUUAUUAAAUCAGAUCAGAUAGGAAGCAGUAUGUGUGUGACAACUCCACAAAUAUCUCAUAAUCUAACUGUACAUACUCCAACAAUUCAACAGAAUUUUUCUAAUCAGACACCUCAGAGGCCACAAAGUUCAAACAAGUUUAAAUUUGUGAAAACACCAAAUGUAUUGAACACUGGUUGUCAUUCCGUACAAAAUGCUGGAAGUCAUACAGGUCAGCCAAAUAACACAGAAAGUCGUAUACCCCUGACACCCAAUAUUCAAUUAUUGGCAAAACCGACAGUUUCAAAUAAUGGGAACAUAACCCCAUCUGUUUAUAGUAGGGUUUCCAAUACAUCGGUUUCUAUAAAUGAAAAUAAACAAAACUUUAAUAAGGCUUCCUCUUCUAUAAAUUUGACACAAGAUGAAAGAAAUAUCAGUGAGAAGCCUUAUUUCAGUAGAAAUCUGUGUUCAACAGACUUUAAUUCUAACAAGAUUGGUAACAACAAUACCUCUCUUGGGGCAAAAAAUACAAUUUCAAGCAAUAAUUUUCAAAGAAAUGUUCAGAUUGUACCUAGUAAACUUGGUAAUAGUGAAAUGCAGACAUCAAAGUGCGAAAUUACAGAAUGUAGUGCUAGUCCGUCAGUAAAAAAUGGCUUCAGGUUUAAAUCAUCAAAAGGGGCUAGUGUUACAGCUGAUCAAUGUAAAACUACAGACAUUCAUAUGACAGCAAUAUCGAAUGCUACCACUACCAAGUGUGAGAAUGUAUUAAAACAAGUGAGAGAUCCACCUAAACCGUGUUUUGAAGUUGAUUCCAUGUGGCAAGAUGAUUUAAGUGAUGAUCUUUUGUCACAGCUGUCAGAAGAAAUGAUGUAGAAAGAGAGACAGUCAUAAUAUAAUUUGUGGUCUGGAACAAUAACAUUUAAAGAAAAUAUUGCUUCAAGAAGAUGUUGAUACAUGAAAAUAUAAACUAACUGUUGUUUCAAUAAGUUCUGUUAAUUUGAGGAGAACUAAAUGAUCUGUAAUCAUGCAUGCUAAAAAGAGUCAUAUUGCUGACAUUAGAAACUAUUUGAAUCACCAAUCAUGCAUGCUAAAAAGAGUCAUAUUGCUGACAUUAGAAACUAUUUGAAUCACCAAUCAUGCAUGCUAAAAAGAGUCAUAUUGCUGACAUUAGAAACUAUUUGAAUCACCAAUCAUUAGCUAAAAGAUGAAAUAUGUGUUAAAACAGUGUGAUUAACUAAAAUAACAAUUUCAGUAAUAUGCUUAUAACCUUUAUGCCUACCUGAUUUACCCACAUGAAACCACAAGGUUGUUAAAAUAUUUUUAAAGGUGGAAAUAGUAUGCUAAAAAAAAGCCUGUGUCUUUAUAAUAUAACAGUUAUACCCUACUAGUUCUCAAAACGUCCGAACCCGUCCUUAAAAAUAUGUAACAUGGAAUGUGGUCUCGCUAGAACAUACAGCUUUGGCAUUAAAAAGACUAUAUUGCAACCCAAGUUAGUUCUUAAACAGUUCUUGAUACGUCCAACUCCUCUUUAUCCUGUUUGCAGUCCAUUUAUAUCCAGUUCAGAUUGGGUAAAAUUGCCUGUUCAACUCAUGGGGACGCCGUUAUAUAAACAGUCCAAGCCCGUCUGUAGUCUGUUUACACCGGCUUUAACUUUUUCUACUUAGUUUCUUAUAUUCAAAAUCCGUUCUAACUAAGUCCUAACUUCAUCACCAUGUUCGCACGCAGACAGU